GCUCGUCCUGCCUUCCAGCCGGUGGGCAGCAACAAAGCCUGGGCCGGCGGGGGCGACACUCGCCCCGGGGAACGGGGCCGGAUGCCGCCCCGCGGGAGGAGAGGUGCCCGCGGAAGGGGACUCGCUGCUCCUCCCCGGCCUCCGUGCCUCGGCAGCUCGGCGGCCCCGUCCCGGGCGAUGGAGAACUACCACGUCCUGGAGAGGAUCGGCGAAGGGUCCUUCGGGCACGUGUACAAGGGGCGCCGGAGGCACAGCGCCCAGGUGGUGGCCUUGAAGUUCAUCCCCAAGGUGGGGCGGUCUGAGAAGGAGCUGAAGAACCUGCAGCGGGAAAUUGAGAUUGUGAGAGACCUCCAUCACCCCAACAUCAUCCAGAUGCUUGACAGCUUUGAGACUGCUAAUGAGGUGGUGGUAGUGACUGACUAUGCAGAGGGAGAGCUCUUCCAGAUCCUGGAGGAUGAUGGGACCUUGCCUGAGAGCCAGGUCCAGGCCAUAGCUGCCCAACUCAUCUCUGCUCUCUAUUACCUGCACUCUCACCGCAUCCUGCACCGUGACAUGAAACCCCAGAACAUCCUGCUGGGCAAAGAUGGUGUUGUCAAACUCUGUGACUUUGGAUUUGCCCGUGCCAUGAGCAUCCACACCAUGGUGCUGACGUCCAUCAAGGGCACCCCGCUGUACAUGUCCCCUGAGCUGGUGGAAGAGCGGCCGUAUGACCACACAGCAGACCUGUGGUCUGUGGGCUGCAUCCUGUACGAGCUGUUUGUGGGCACCCCUCCCUUCUACACCAACAGCAUCUUCCAGCUUGUCAGCCUCAUCAUCAAGGACCCUGUCAAAUGGCCUGUGACCAUGAGCCCAGUGUUCAGGGACUUCCUUCAGGGAUUACUGAUGAAGGACCCCCAGGAGCGCCUGUCAUGGCCGGAGCUGCUUUCUCACCCCUUCAUUGCUGGACGUGUUACUGUGAUUGAUGACACAGAAGAGCAUGGGAUUUCAAACCCCUUCACCAUGAAGCUGUCUCCAGAGCUGCAGGCCCUGAAGGAGCAGCAAGUCCAUUCCAUGGUCCCCAGGAGCAGCUCGUCCAGGAUCUUGAGAAAGGCCCAGCAGAAGAUGGUUGAAGAGAUACAGAAAAAGGGUCAACUGAAGGCAGGUGAUCCAUCUAUGAAGGAUUCUGUCAAUGGACAUCCCACACCUAGACCUAGACCAGCAUCAAGGAAGGCAGCCCCUGAGGAGAGGGAGCCAUUGGCUGCCUCCAAUGAGAAGAAUCCAUAUCUCCUGCAAGGAAAGAGCAGCACAGCAGAGUUUGAGGAGUUUGAGGAGUCUCCUCCCACCCCAGGGCAGCACAGCCUCUCUCAAGACUAUGAGUGGGAGUUUCUUGGAGCAGGUUCCCCUCCACAGCCUGAUGCUGGCAGGGCAAAGCCCUGCAGCAGGCACAGCAUCGUGGACCUGGAGACUGAGGAGCUGGAGAGUGAUGAGGAGUGGCAGCAGCUGAGUGAGGACACUGAGGCCUCAGCCAUGCAGCUGAGCAUGCCUCUGGGCCUGCUGAGGGACCCAGCUUUCCAGCACCGUGUCCGGGACCGCCUGGCAGACUCUGCUCAGCAGGUGCUGGAAGGGAUGCUGGAGGGAGCCUCUCAUCUUCGUUCUGUGCUUCGUGUUAUUGGCAACCUCCUGUCUACCCAGUGUGAUGCUGAGCUGCUGGACCACUUCUGCCAAGAGCUGAAUGUGCCUCUGUCCCUGCUGUGUCUAGCCAAGCAGAUCCUGGAAAGUGCUGUCACCAAGCAGCAGCCCUGGUGUAUCGCUGUGCUGACAGACCUCCUCAUGGUGACAAAAGUUUAUUUCAGCAGUGAAUGUAGCCUGGAAGAGAGUGGGCAAAAGGACAGUCUGCAGGAGAGUGCUGACUGCUUCCUGGCACUGCUGCCGGAGCUGCUGGCUGUGCCAGUCGACAGUGAGAUGAGACUCUGCCAGCAAAGCCUCCUGUGCUUCACCCAGCUCUGUGAGAGCCUGGACACAACAGACCCUUCUGUCUCUGCACAAUUCUACACCAGGCUGCAAGAGGAGCAUCAGCCCCUGCUGAACAAACUCCUUCAAGAAUCCAUCUUACAGCAGCCUGCUCUUCGAGGUGCAGCAGUGGAAGGCAAGUCAGCCCAUGACCAGAGCCCAUGUGUGGCAGAGCUCUUCCUGGCUGCAUUGGCUGCUGCAUGCAGCAUCCCCCUGGAGAGAAGCAGCUGUCGGGAAGCCAAGCAGCAGGUUGCUUACGCAGUAGCUGAAAACCUUAUGGAAGGAGAGAGUCAGCAGCUUGCAAGGCUGCUGGAGAGACUGGAGGACCCAGGCUGCUCCUUGAACAUCCUGAAGAUCCUCUAUGCUGGCUGCCAUGCCUACCCCAACCUGUGCCAGCACCUGGGAAGGAGCCAGCCUCUGUGGGGUUCCCUCAUACAGAUCUUGCAGGGUGAGGUCCCUGUGCUGGAGGUGACCCAGGAGGCAGCCUGUGAAGCCUCUCUGUACCUGCUGGCCCUGCUCACCCUGCAGCUUCAGGCAUCCCCUCCCAGGUGUGAGGAGAUGGUUGCCCUGGCUGUGGAUAUCGUCACCCAGUCUCCUGUUGUGUCUCUUGUGGGUGCUGCAGCAUUUCUCCUGGCACAGCUCAGUCGGCAUGGGGUGGCUUUGGAGCUCAAGAGAGAAAAGAUCCUACCAGUGGUAACAAAUGUGCUGACUGCACCUGCUGAGCUGCAGCUCCCCCUGCCAAUGGGUGCUGGUCUCUAUGAUGGGUUGUUUUUCCUCCUGCUGAAGCUCCUUGAACAGGAGGAUGUGGUCUUGGAGCAGGGCUUUGCUUCCUCUGAACUAUGGAGCCUGGUCUGCCAUUGUGUAGCGGUGGUGCUUCAUGUGGGCACCACCAGUGCAGUGCUGGAGGAAGAUCCACCCCCAAGUGCUGGUCACCCCACGGCAGAGCCAGACUGGAACCUCCUCUCCCCUCAAGGAACUCUGUUAUUCCUCAGCCUGGCCCUCAGCAUCUUCACUCGUGAGUCCCACCAGUGUCUGCCUCAGCUCACCCAGUCCCAUGGUGUCCUCAUGGUGACACUGAAGAGACUGCUGUCCCCUGGCUUCUUGGCAGGCGUGGCACAAAUGCAAGCAGGAAAAGAUGGGGACCCUGAGGUUGUCCCAGAUGUGGUCAUCCAGGUCUGCCAGCUCCUCUCUUUCCCUUUUGCCCUGGAUGUGGAUAAAGACACCUUAGCACUGAUUAUGGAGGCUGUGAGAGAUACCCAGAUCCCUGCCCAGCUGCUACAGGUCUGCACUCACCAUCUGCCCUUCUCAUUCACCGAGCUCCCCAUGGGCCUCUUGUGCCAAUUUGUGGUGUCUGAUAUACAGGUCAUAGACCAAGUGGUGAGGGAAGCUGCUGCCUCGGAGCACAUUACUGCCUUCUUGAAGUCUGUCUUGUCCUCAGACAAUGUCAUACUCACAAGUGACCUCCUGUCUCUCCUGACCCACGUGGCCCGGGCCAGUUCCGAGCACCUGCCCUUUCUCCAGAGGAUCCUGAGGGACUCAGAUGUGGCUGACCAGCCACUGACCUACCUGCUCAGCCACAAGCAACACCUGAUACGGGCCAGAACCUGCAACUUGCUGGGCAACCUGCUCCGGCACAGCUUUUCCCCAGCGCUGCAGAGCCAGCCAGGUUGGCUGGAGAGGCUGCUAGAGUGCCUGUGGGACCCGGCGAGCAGCGUGCGCAGGGCAGCCACCUUCGCAGUGGGCAAUGCCGCCUGCCACGCGUCCUGCCCGGCGGAGACGCUGGGCCGGGCCGUGCCCGCGCUGACCCGGCUGCUGAGCGACUCGCGGGCCCAGACGUGCCACAACGCGGCCCUGGCCCUGAGCAACCUGGGCCAGCGCGGGGAGGAGCUGCGGGAUCUGCUGAUCCAGAGCGGGGCCCUCGACCGCCUGCUGCAGGUGACCUGCCAGGACCCGCGCAAGGCUGUGCGGGAGGGAGCCCUCGAGGCGCUGCGAGCCCUCAGCCACCACCCGGGGAUCCAGCAGGUCCUGCUGUCCCUCAAAGCCACCGAGAGGCUGGCGGCGCUGGCCGCUGUCAGUUCCCAGCCGCCCUUUGCCCGGCACUACGAGCCGCUAUUCCGCCGCCGGUGCGAGCAGCUCCUCCUCCGCCUCGCAGCUCCGCCCGGCCGCGCGGGGCCCAGCCCGCUGUCGCCGCGUACCGGCGCUGAGCGGUGAUGCCCGGGCAU